CUCUCGCAGUCUGCUGACCAGUCGCUGAUGAAAAAUGCGAUCAAGACGUCGGAGGAGUCGUGGAUCGAGCAGCAGAUGUUGGAAGAUAAGAAGCGAGCGACGGACUGGGAGGCCACAAACGAGGCCAUCGAGGAGCAGGUCGCUCGCGAGUCCUACCUCCAGUGGCUGCGGGAUCAGGAGAAGCAGGCCCGACAGCCCCGGAAAGCCUCAGCCACCUGUAGUUCCGCCACGGCAGCGGCCAGCAGUGGCCUGGAGGACUGGACUGGUCGCUCCCCCCUCCAGCGGAGCCUGGCGUCGUCGCCGGAACAUUCCGAUCUGCACACGGACCUGGUCGGCAAGCCCCCGUCCCCUGGCAGCGCCUUGGCGCUGGGUCUGGUCAAGCCGCCUUCGCCGUGCGCCCCAGGUACCAGCGCUCAGAUGUCAGUGAUGGGUGACAGGACUCUCUCGUCUGCCAUCUCCUUCUGCCCCGCCCUUGACUGCCGGGCUAUAAUGCAGCAGAUGUCCCCAACAGCCUUUGGUGAGUCUCGGGCGCCUGCCCGCAAGAGAGACUGG